UCAAUUGUUGAAUUCAAUCUGAUCGAAAAUAUCAAUCCAACAUGACUGCUCGGUUUGUAGUUGCAGUAAGUCUUAUUGCUUUUUCUUACGCAGACGAUUGGUGCAAUAUUAAAUCGUGCAAUGGAAAAUCCCAAACUAUGUGUCUUUAUCCAAUCGAUCAACCAGGAGCAGCUUGUAAUCGAUUGGAUUCAAAAAAGUUGAGUGAUGAUGAUAAAUUAGAACUCAUACACGUUCAUAAUGAUUUUCGAGCCAAAGUUGCAAGUGGAGGGGAACAACGUGGAUUAGGUGGUGGUCAACCUGCUGGAAACAUUCCAUCACUUGUUUGGGACGAGGGUCUAGCUAAAGUCGCUCAACGAUGGGCAACUCAAUGUAAUUUCAAUCACGAUGAAUGUAGAAAUACCGAGACAUUUGAAGCAGGCCAAAAUAUUGCCAUUCAAUCGGCUUCUGAUGGAUACGAUUCAUCCAUGACUAAACUUGUGACAAUGUGGUAUGAUGAAGUCAAAGAUUUUGAUCCACAAAAUGUCCAACACUAUGUAUUUGACACGAAAACUGGACAUUAUUCUCAGCUAGUUUGGGGAACAACACGUUACUUUGGUUGUGGUAUUGCUAAAUAUUUUGAUGGACAAUGGUACUCUACUUAUUUAGUAUGCAACUAUGGCCCAUCAGGUAACUAUCAAGAUGAACCUGUCUACAAAACUGUCUAAAAAUAAAAAUUCAAUAUCAUUUAUUUAAACAACAAAUGCUAGCUUGCAUUAUAAUAUUUA